AUUGGAGUCCCUUGAUGUCAGUCAACAGCAACUUUGCCACCACCUCUCCUGAUUCUCGUCUCUGCUGCACUUGGCGACCAUAUCGGCCGUCAGGGAAAGAAAUGCCAACGGGAUGAGGGGAUCGUAGGCCAUGUAAAUACAAAACGUAAAACGUUUACGAUUUCAUCGACACAUUGAUGUGCAGUUUGCUUUUCGAUUGUCGCAGUUAUGGUCCCAAUCGUAUCCCGUCCGUGCGUUUUAUCCACCACCGUCUCUAGCCUCGGGAAAAUGUACCCGACUAUUCUUGAUUGCAUUUUUUUCGCAAACAAAAGAAGACACCCGAAAAAGCAAUAAAAGAGCACGACAGAAGGAUCGGUCCAGGUGCCCCCACCUCAUGGAGAAGGUUGGCAAGGUGUGGAGUAACCUGAAGAAGGGAUGUCAAUCUCUGCUCCACACAGAUGGGGGUUCUCGCAUUGAAAUGCCACCACAGCUUCAACCGCAAACAGACACAGUAUGCCAGAGUGUGGACAAGGCCCAGGGAGACAGCACACUGGAGGCUGCUAGUCCCUCUAGCAGUGUGGUGGCACUCCCUCUAGUGGCAUGGAGGACCAGUGGGAGUGUGACACGACAGGGUCAUAACUGUGUAGUGGAUGUACCCCAGAUACUAGAGAUCACAGUUGAGCAGGAUACCGAAGAUACUCGUGCUCCUCUGGGAGUCCGCAGAGACUCUUAUUCACGUCAUGCACCUUGGAGUGGAAAGAAGAGACACUCAUGUUCCACUAAGGCUCAGAGUUCUCUGGAGACCACAGAUUGGCGAUCAGGCGGUUUUCUGCGCAGACAUGGGACUGGUAGCAGCCGUGAGGAACUGGAGUCAGGGGCAGCACGCUCCCUACGGCAGCAGAUUCAUGAUGCAGUGGGCCUGUGCCUCCCACUGCGCUCAUCCUCUCGGAACAGUCACCUUCCACCACCCAAACGUAAGAUACAAAUCACAGAGCUGAUGCUGGAGACGUGCCCCUUUGCACCAGGAUCAGACCUUGCCCGAAAAUGGCACCUAAUUAAACAGCACACGUCACCAGUCACAGUGAUACCAGUGGAUUCAUCCUCAGAUGCUUGCGGUGCUACCUGUGCAUCACCGGAAGAUGAGGAGGAGCGCUUACGCGAAAGACGACGACUCAGCAUUGAGGAGGGUGUGGACCCACCUCCAGAUGCCCAAAUCCACACAGUGGAGGCCAUCACAGCCCCCCUAGCUUCCCUUUAUAAGCUGGGACCUAAAUUGGCCCCUGGAAUGGGUGAGGCCCUAGACGAUAGCCGGGGGGCAACAGCAGCUAACUGUGACUCUGAGGACGACGAUACCACCACUCUUUGCUUGCAAGCUCGCAGGCCCAAGCAGCGGCACGCUUCGGCUGAGGGCCUCCUGAGUAGCAAGCAACCGGGCCCUUGGAAAGUACACACUCAGAUUGACUACAUCCACUGCUUGGUUCCAGAUCUGCUACAGAUCACAGCACUUCCCUGCUACUGGAGUGUGAUGGACCGUUAUGAGGCUGAAGCGCUGCUGGAUGGUCGGCCCGAGGGAACCUUUCUGCUGCGAGACUCUGCUCAAGAAGGCUACCUGUUCUCCGUUAGCUUCCGCCGCUAUGGCCGUUCGCUGCAUGCACGCAUUGAGCAGUGGAAUCACAACUUCAGCUUUGAUGUGCACGACCCUUGCGUAUUCCACGCAGCCACUGUCACAGCUCUCAUGGAACACUACAAGGACCCUAGCGCUUGCAUGUUCUUUGAGCCAUUGCUCACUGUGCCUCUGCACCGGACCUUCCCAUUUGGCCUGCAAAGCCUUGCUCGAUCAGCCAUUUGCAAUGGGAUCACCUAUGAUGGCAUCGGGGCAUUGCCACUGCCCCCUGCUCUGCAGGAUUACCUCAGGGAGUAUCACUAUAAGCAGAGGGUGCGUGUACGCUGGCUUGAGAGGGAGCCAGUCAAGGCCAAGUGAGGCAGGGCAGAUACUUCUCAGCUCUCCAAUAGGAGUAGUCUAUUCAGCACUUUGCAGAGGUGGAGGAAUUACAAUUUUUUUGGUGGGGGGGAAGGGGUUAACUGCUCGGGGUUAGAUGUUUGAAAGGAGGGACCUGAAACUGAACACGAUAUAUAAGCUUCUAUCAUUUUUUGUUAUCACUCUAACAAACAAAGACAUUACAGUGGCUCUCCAGUGUGCACAUUUCACAACAGCUUCUGGACUAGGAUGAAGCAGCAGAGGUCUUAUUCUCAUUUUCCCUACUCCCUCAGUUCCUAUGGCUGUGCUCUAGGGGAAAUCUGCAGAUACAGAUAUUUUCAUGCCCCUCCACUCUUUCACGUCUUGACCAUAUGGUUUAUAGCCAUUUCACUUUAUUUCUGUUGUACCGUUCACCUCCCAACCUGUCCUUAAUUUUCUUCCAUUAAAUUUGCAUUGUUAAAGCAAGCUUAUUCAAAAUAAUAAUGUGGACAAAUUCUGAGGGGUGGGGAAAUGAAGGGUGAUGUUCAAAUAUUGCUUUUUCAGCUUAUUACAUCAUCUUUAGCUUUCAUGGUGCUCUGUCAGUGGUUCCCAUGGUAACAUUCUGUGCUCAUUCCGUGGUUAGAGGAGGAGGCAUUCUAGAGCAUAGAGCAAAGAACGAGACAGAGAAAUCCAUGAAAGAUGGAUUGACCUUAAACUAUGUGUCCAGACAGCUUUUGGGAAUGCGUUGCAGAAGGGCUCUGUGACGUUCUGCUUCCUUGCGCUUCCGGGAAGCGAUAAGGAUGACGUGCACAACCUGACGCGGUGUGAUGUGAGAGCGCUUGGUUUUCAAAAAACAUAGUUACUCACACUCUGCGUUCUGUUGCUGUCAAUAUGUUUUAUAAUCAUGAAUUCCUACCACUAAUUGCACAGAGGGGGCGGUGACUAAUUCCGUAUCGUCUUUUUUGUAUUGUUGUGAAUGGUCUAUCAGUGCCCUGGUAGUUGGGCGAUGAUUCGGAGCACUUUAACUUAACUGUGCUUAUGUUAGUGGGUGCAGCAGAGGCAAUACAUAAACCUGCUACACUGGGACCAUUGUUGUUUGGCAUAAACACCCUCCUAUAUAGGAAUAAACACUCAACGCUCACUUUGUCUAACCCACGUUGUUUUAGAGAGGACAGAGUAAAUUUUGAUGUGACCCCAUCAGUGCCAUUGGAUAUGGGUCAAGCUGGCUUGUUUGGCUUGAUUUUGGGAUGAUUUAAUAGUUGAUGAAUGAUCUGUAUAUUUAGGUUUAUCAGAUUCUUUUUUUUUACGCAACUAGGAGGAAGGUUCAGGAUUUAAAUAGAGUAUAAUCACAUUAUUGGCCCCUAGGCCAAGACCAGCUUCGUGAUCACUUUAAAGGGGUCAUAUGAUGCGAUUUCAAGUUUUCCUUUCUCUUUGGAGUGUUAUA